AUGGAAGACCCCUUUAUUCUCUUCCCUGAGACAAAUCCUCACCUUCCCCCACCACGUAACCUAAGUACGACUAAAUCUCUCCUCAACCUAUCCAACAAACCUACAAAAUCUUAUGUUAAACUUAUGUCUAAUGUAUGUAAUAUUCCACUCAGUCAACUCCCCACUCCAUGCAUUAAGGGAGAUAGAGUAUCUAUUACUAUACCAGAAGACGAAUGCCUCUUGGGUUUAGAGUCCUGCAAGCAGAAUCUGCACGGUCGAAUCAUUUGGCCUAAACGAUCUACCCCUCUCACACUGGUUUCCCUAAAAUCUAAGUUGUCCUCUCUGUGGAACUCGAUUGGAAAAUGGGACGUUACUUCAUCGGGCAAGGUUUUCUUUGAAUUCACCUUCUUAAGUAUUGAAGAUUUUCGAAGGGUCCUCUUAGUAAACUCGUGGAAUCUUUCGCAUGGUAUCCUGAAGUUGUUUCCAUGGAGCAAAAAUUCCAACCCUGCAAUGCUAGGACAGACUUCCACCCAGGUUUGGAUUUGUGUUUAUGGGUUUUCAUGGGAAUAUUGGGGACCCAAAAUUAUUUUUACUAUUGCUAGUAGUGUUGGUAUUCCCAAUUUCAUAGAUUCUUGCUCCAACACACCCCAAUUUGAUAGAUCUUUUGGGCAAUUUGUCAGGUUUUUAGUAGACAUCAAUCUUGCUAAAGAGCUUUGUUUAAACUUUCUAUUUGAAAUAGUUGGAUUUGCCUUUUUGUGGAUAUCGAGUACAAAAGACUACCACACUUUUGUGAAUCCCGUCAAUGUAUUGGACAUUCUCAAAGUAGCUGCAAAAAAAGAAUCGACAACAGGAGUUCAAAAUCCUCCGAAGCCAUUAAAGGCUACUCAUCCUAUAGCUAACUCAAAUGUUGAGUUGCCACAACCUCACAACCAUGGCAAGGAGUUGAGUGUCUACGACCAAAGCAAUCUCAUCAACGGAAUUAAGGAUAAUAACACUGAAGCUCAAAGGAACAAUUCGAUAUUUUGGCACAAUUUAUGGGCAAACCUUGCUGAUCCGAAUAAUAUGGAUGAUUAUGAAGAAAACUCAGUUGAAGAUGAGUACAUCGAACCUGACCUUACCAAGUUCCUACUAGCCUUAACUAAAUCCAAAAAGAAAAAGUUAAGACAGAAAUCAAAAGCCAAAACCAUAUACCUAACCAGAUCUCAAUCUGGUAACCUUAAGCCUUCCUCAUGA